AUGCGGGAUCCUGAUAUUCUCCACGAGGACUUUCAUGAGGUUAAAAAAGAUGGGACACUCGUAUCAAGAGGUUUGAAUUUCUCAUAUUGGAUAAAAUCAAUUUAUUUCCUUGCUUUUUCAGAGAAAGCGGUGAAUUUCAUCAAAAAUUUGAGUGCUAAACAAGUAGAAACACGAGCAAACUCUUCGAAAGUAUGGAGUCGAAGUACGAUUGAAGAUCGUGAUCCGGCUUGGAAAAAUCAUAUUGCAAAGCUUACGGAAGAUGAUCUCAUUGAGAUUAAACAAUAUAAUAAUAAUACUUUGUAUAUUAGAGUUUUGGGAAAACCAGAUCCAAAAAUGGAAGGUGGUUACAAGUUUUAUCGAAUGUUUAGAUAUUAUUGA